UGCUGUGGGCUCACAGUCUUGCAGGGAGAAGAUGCAGUUUCGGGAAUACUUCAUGCGUAGUUGGAAGCAAAUGCAUCGAGGGUUACUGAGUGUCGUAAUCGCGAUGUCCUUGUUUAUCAUCUCGUAUACACUCUACAAUGCUCGUGACUCCCCUCCCAACUCCUGUGCCCGACUGGGCCCCCCCCCAAUGUCGGAUGUCCCCUUCACCCCCACUUGCUCCCCCCGCUGGGACCUCCUCUUCCUCAAAACGCACAAGACGGGCAGCAGCACGGUGCUCAACAUGCUGUUCCGUUACGGCGAGCACAACAAACUGAGCUUCGCCUUCCCCUCCGGUGGCCGUAGCGACUUCGCCUACCCUGCCCCCUUCUCCCGCCGCUCCGUGGCCGGGAACCCUGCCAUCUCCUGCUUCAACGUGGUGGCCAGCCACAUGCGCUUCGAGCCAGAGGAGGCGGGCCGACUCCUGCCCCUGGAACGAGUCUACUUCACCCUGCUCCGGCACCCCGCCCGCCUCUUCGAGUCCAGCUUCCACUACUAUGGCCCCAGCAUCCCCCUGACCUGGCACCUGCCCGGCCCAGACAAGAUGGACGCCUUCCUGCGCAAGCCUCGGGCCUACUAUAACCCCCAGGCCUUCAACGCUCACUACCUGCGCAACCUCCAGUUCUUCGACCUGGGCCAGGACAAGGACAUGGAACCCAGCCACCCGGCCAUUCCGGGCAUCCUUCAAUCCCUGGAGGAGAGCUUCUCCCUAGUCAUGCUGACCGAGUACUUCGACGAGUCCCUGGUGCUUCUGAAGGACCUCCUGUGCUGGGACCUGGAGGAUGUGCUGUACUUUCCCCUCAACAUGCGGGAUCCCGCCCGUACUCCCCCCGCCUUGAGCCCGGCCGCAGAGAAGUUGGCCCUCUCCUGGAACCAGCUGGACGCCCUCCUCUACGCCCACUUCAACCGUACUUUCUGGCGCAAGGUCGACAUAUUCGGGCGUUGGCGGAUGGCGUGGGAGGUGGCAGAGCUACGCAGGGCCAACGCCAUGAUGGGGGAGGCCUGCCUGGAUGGAGGAGGUCCGGUUAAGGCAGGGCUGGUGAGGGAUCCCUCUCUGAGGCCCUGGCAGCCGGCCGGAGGUGCGGGCACCAUCAUGGGCUACAACCUCAGGCCUGGCUUGGAGGAGGUCUACCAGGACAUCUGCCGGUCCAUGCUGACCCCUGAAAUGCAGUACAUGUCCAAACUGGGUGCAAAUCUCUGGCGUGUCAAGGCCUGGUCCAUCCUGCGAGGGAUUCUGGGAUGGUAGAGUGGAGGGAGGAAGGAGGGGUUGAAGCUAGGUGUUUGGACCUCCUCGGCCUACUUCCCAGGCCUUGUUGCCAUGGGAACAGGAGUAGGCCGGAGAGUGACAGGCCUGAAAGUGGGGGCUGAAGAGCCUCUCCCUGUCCUCCUUGUGAUAGACUGGGGAGAGGGGGGGCUGAGCUCCCUCCUCUUCUCCCCCUGCUAUCUUCCACCCUUUGAAAACUCCGGCACCCUAACUCCACACCGAAAAUGAUUUGUUUAUAGUUGGCAUCUUUGUUUCUGGAAGUUGAUCAGUGUCUACCCUCAGAGAUGGGGUUGGGGAGGAGUAAGCAAGGGACUUUAUGGGGUUAAAUAAUUCUUAGGCAUCCCUCUCUCCCCCCUUCCUCCAAAAGCCUGUUCAUUGAUGUUUGACUGGGGUCACAAUUACAUCCCAUCUUUGGAGUUGUAGAGCUUGUGAUUGUCAUUAGAGCUGUAGCCAUCUUCCUUGAAUCUCCCAGCAUUAACAGUCUUUCCUCCGAUAUUUGACAGGGCUCACUUUCCUGCGGUCCCUUUAAAUUCACCGGGAUCCUGCUUCCAACACUCCAUUUAAACUCACCAGAACCCUGUUCCCACUUCCUUUGAUCUCAUUGGGAUCCUGUUCCCCGCUCCUGCUUUAAACUCCCGGGACCCCACCAGAGGAGAGUGGUGAGGCAUGAUAACUACAGAUGAUGGAUUUGUAGGGACUGUAAGUAGGUAGAGGAGGAGGAAAGUGGUAAAAAAAUGCUGGAAGUGUGAAGGACUGAAAACUGCUGUUUCUGAAAUAAAAGAAAAAGUU